AUGUCGCACGAAUCAAUCUGGUACUCGCGCCCGCGCACCUACGGAAAGGGCAGCCGCUCCUGCCGUGUCUGCACCCACAGCGCUGGUCUCAUCCGAAAGUACGGCCUCAACAUCUGCCGUCAGUGCUUCCGCGAGAAGAGCGCUGACAUCGGCUUCAAGAAGGCGCGUUAUAAAUACCCAUCCGAAAAGGAUCGACAAUUAGGGCAUGCAAACUAA